CUCCAUCCUUCCUGCCCGAGCCUCGGAUCCCCUUUGCCAUAAAUGGUCACCACCGCCAGCAGCAGCAGCAGCAGCAAAGACGACGAAGCGCGGGCGGCGCAGCACUCGAGCGGGGUUGCGCUCCGGCAAGGCGCGUCACCGGGGCGGGGGCCGCCCAGCAGCCAGCUACCGGCCCCGGAGUCCGGGACCCAGCCCGCGCCCGCCCGGGAUGGACGAUCUGGACGCUCUCCUGGCCGAUCUGGAGACGACAACCUCCCAUAUCUCCAAACGCCCGGUUCUGCUCACCGAUUCUGGAGGAGCCCACCCCAACGGGCUGAAGCAAGACGGGACCCCGGAUCCCAAGCCAGCUCCCCCAUCUUACGGCACCCCUCAACCGCAGGCUGGGACCACAGCCAUGCCUGUAGACCCCUUCCCAGCAUCUACCAUGCAAGGUGGGAGUGACAAGGAACACCUGUACAGCACAGUCUGCAAACCUCGCUCGCCCAAGCCCAAGGAAGGAGCACCUCCGCCCUUCUCCUCCUCCAGUGGGGUGCUGGGAGCUGGACUCUGCGAACUGGACCGGCUCCUCCAGGAACUGAAUGCAACCCAGUUCAACAUCACAGAUGAAAUAAUGUCACAGUUCCCAUCCAGCAAAAGCCCAAGUGCGGACAAGGGCAAAGACAGGCCGGAAGAUUCUAUAGACGCCAGCUCCCUGUCCCGGUCAGCAGCUCCUCCACCCGCAAAGCCGUCUGCCACGUCUGCCACCUUGGAGCUGGACAAGCUCAUGGCCUCUCUGUCAGAUUUCCGGGUCCAAAGCAAUCUCCCAGGAGCCUCCUCUACCACCACAACGGUGUCGCCACCACCAGCCCCCACUCGAGUGUCCUCAGCACAGCUGCCGGUGGUCUCCUCUGUCUGCCCCAGCCUCCCUGCUGCGCCCCCACAGACGUCCCCAGCCCAGCCGAGUGGGAACCUGGAUAGCAUGCUUGUGAUGCUGGAAUCGGAUCUCAGCCGCCAAGGGAUCUCCACCACUGCCAAGGGGCUGUGCGCUUCCUGUCAGAAACCCAUCGCAGGGCAGGUGGUAACAGCACUGGGGAGCACCUGGCACCCAGAGCAUUUUGUCUGUACCCACUGUCAGAAGGAGAUGGGGGGCAGCAAUUUCUUUGAGAAGGACGGUGCCCCGUACUGCGAGAAGGAUUACUUCCAGCUCUUCUCGCCCCGCUGUGGACUCUGCAAUGAACCCAUCCUGGAUAAAAUGGUGACCGCCCUGGAUAAGAACUGGCACCCGGAGCACUUCUGCUGCGUCAAGUGUGGGCGGCCCUUUGGGGAGGAAGGUUUCCAUGAGAAGGACGGGAAGCAGUACUGCCGCCAAGACUUCUACGAGCUCUUCUCCACCCGCUGCCAGGGAUGCAGCCAGGCUAUCCUGGAGAACUACAUCUCGGCCCUGAAUGCCCUGUGGCAUCCAGAAUGCUUUGUCUGCCGAGAAUGCUACACGCCAUUUGUGAAUGGGAGUUUCUUUGAGCACGCAGGCCGCCCCUUCUGCGAGAUCCACUAUCACAAGCAGCGCGGCUCACUCUGCUCGGGCUGUGAGAAGCCCAUCACCGGCCGCUGUAUCACGGCCAUGGCGCGCAAGUUCCACCCUGAGCAUUUUGUCUGUGCCUUCUGCCUCAAGCAGCUCAACAAGGGCACCUUCAAGGAGCAGAAUGACAAGCCUUACUGCCACCCUUGCUUUAUCAAGCUCUUUGGGUGACCAGAAGGUGCCGGAGCCCCACCACGGCCAAGCCACGCCUGCUACCAGCCUGGGAAAGGGGAGGAGGGUCCACAGAUCUCAGCCUUUGACCGAGCCACACCCACUGCUAUGCAUGGGAGAGGCCUGUGCCUUAUGUGUUCCACCCCACAUCCCUGGAACCACUACACUGUUGCCAAAACCACGCCUCUAGAUAAGAGCCACACGCAAAAACAAGCAACAGGAGAAGCAGGAUUUAUCUGCUUCUCCCACUCUACUCAGGAGCCAGUCCCCUCACAGCCACAGCUAAUCAUUAGCCCCUACCCCAUCACAUGCUACUUUAAGCCACACCCAUACAAUGCCAGCACUUCAGACAGGAGGCAGUGUCUUAAGCCACACCCACAAGGCUAGCUGGCAAUGUCAUCCAGGUAGGCGGGAUCUUAAAGAAGCCACACCUCUGCUCCCUGUUAACUCCCUUCUCACAAAUUUGUCCAGUAGCGUGGGAUUGGAAGCCCUUGAACCCCUCUCCUUUAACAUUCAUCCUCUAAGCCAUAAAAGCCAUUCGCUUCCAGGUUCUUUGGGAGAUUUGGGGCUGUUAUUGUACUAAUAUAGUUUGUGCGCAGGAAGUGGGGGGACUCUGCUUCAGGGUUGCCUUAAAGCACUUAUGGUCUUGAUCACUUGUGAUCUAAAAUGGUUCAGCUGCAAGAGGGGAGAGAUAGUAACUCGUUGACCCCAUCCUUCAGUGGAAAAGAUUUAGGGCGAGUUUACAUGUAACCAGCUUUGAUACCACCCCCAGUGAUAUAGGAGUGGUUAGCAGGAUUUGGGAUAAGCCUCUCUGCCUUAGGGGCUCAUAGUCCUAAGGAGGUUAGUGGUAGGGGAAGAGGCAAGCCUUCACGUAAGGGCUUUGGGUAGCUGACCGGCUGGUGUUGAGGAAAGGAAGCGGCAUUUCCUCAUCCCCUUGCAUGUUGUGGUUGGUAAAAGUCCUGGACUGCAAAUGAUUGAAACACUUCCUGUUUGUUUUUUGAAAUGCAGGGAAGAAGGGAAUAGGGGAAAUAUGCCUGAGCUUGCAGAUUUAUUCGUCUUUUUUUUUUUUUAAUCUUGCCAUGUAAACCCAAAUUGAGGCUUUUAUUAUGAUGAAACUUAAGUCGGGAGUCCAAGGAGCAUGUGGUCUUCCUUCUGCUGCCAGAUUUCUAUGCCAACUUUUUACCCUCACACUGCUGUAUAUUAUAUAAUAAAAUUCACGAAUAUGAAAAAAAA